AUGCUAGGUCUGAGACUUGCAGAACUACCGCCCGAGACAAUUCGACCGAGCGGUGUAGCUGAGUACUACUCACGGAGCUUUGCCACUACUGCUAAGCAACGUGAAGGAACCGAGGAAAGUGGUCAAAGUUCUACGAAGCGUGCGCACGGCGACAAGAUCGCUGCCAGUUGUGCUGUGGUGGACACGCCGGUGUCCAGCGCCGCCGUGGUGCCAGAGCUCCUGAACGAACUCACGUACUCUGAUCCGGACCCUUGUCCGGGUAGCAGGGCUCGUGUUGAGGCAGACGCGGGUGAACGUACCGGUGGAGACAUGGGGUGCAACAGAACUACAGGCGCAUGUGACGAUAACAAAGAGGCAGAAGGUGCUGCCAAAUCUGCGGACGAGGGUAUUGAUGAGGCCCCUACGGCGGACGAACUGUUAGAAGCUGACCCCUACUUUGUAUCUGCACCUACUCGAUGA